AUGUAUCUCACACAGAUCAGCAAGCCUUUGUUGGCGGUUUUGCUCUCUGUAAUACUCGAUCUUGUCACAGCCCUACCAGAGCUCGCUUUUCCGCUCAAUUCUCAAAUUCCGCCCGUUGCGUAUGUGUCGCAGCCGUACAACUUUGCAUUCUCCGCCAACACGUUCACUUCGAGUGUCCCCCAGAUCUCCUACACAAUUACACAUGGACCAAAGUGGCUUGGUCUUGACAGCGGUUCUCGCCAGUUUCGAGGAGUUCCAACCCUAAGCGAUGUAGGCACUACGACAUUGCAAUUGGUCGCUUCAGACUCGACAGGGCAAUUGUCAACGAGCGUCACCUUUGUUGUGGUCGGGUCCCCCACUUUGAAGCUCAAUUCACCUCUGUUGCCUCAGCUCGAGCAAAGCAAUCUCAUUUCGCCGCCCAACUCGUUGCUUGCGCACCCACAGCAGCCGUUUCAUGUUGGCUUCGGAAGGCAUAUCUUCAGUGGCGCAACGUUUGAUACAAAAUACUACGCAGUUUCAGCCGACAAUACCCCUCUGCCUCCGUGGGUGCAGUUCGAUGAAUCUCUGCUCGAGUUCUCGGGCACAACCCCUGCGUUGGUGUCCCCCUUGGCUGGAUCCCAAACGUACGGCUUAAGACUUAUUGCUUCGAAUGUACCUGGAUUUGCAGAAUUGACCAUUGACUUUCAAAUUGUUAUUAGCCGCAGGAUCCUGGCAUUUUCAACCGCAUCUCAAAAUGUCCAAGUCUCCACUGGUGCUCAUUUUCAGACUUUGCCACUCCGGCCCUUGAUUACACUCGAUGGAGGACCGGUCACGGACGAUCAGAUUCUGAACGUAGAAGCGAGCGUUCCGGCAUGGGCCAAGCUAGACCGAGAACAAUUGUCUCUGAGUGGUACCUCUGAUGGCUCAGCCAGCACCACUGUCACCAUCACUGUCACAGAUAUUUAUCAAGACGUUGCCAAUGCGACCGUCUUUCUCGAGAAUACUGGAGCUUCAAGCGUUCCUCUCGGGAUCAUAGGCAUCGUCAAUGUUACAGCCGGGGAAUACUUCUCAUACAACGAGAUCACCCCGUCCUCCUCUCCUUGGGUCCGAGCUAUCGCGGCUCUGGGCAACGCAUCGGCCUGGCUUAAUUUUAAUCCUCAGACCUGGGCUCUGUCAGGGUUAGUGCCUCAAAACCUAUCCCCACAGACACUUAGUGUCUCUAUCACAUUUGCAAAUGCAUCAACUGAUGGUACGGGAGAGGUGAUUUUACAAGUACUUCGGAAUCCCUUUGUCACCGCAACGAUACCAACGCAUCCCACGGAGCCACCAACAGUUUCCAGAGCUAGUGACACGAGCAAAGCAUCUGAGCGAGCAACGAGUUCUCUGAAUGGCAACAUAUCGAAAAGCCAUGUGCUGCAUGUUGCACUGGCCUCUGUCUUUUCUGUUGUCGGAACAUUAGUUGCCGCUUUUCUGAUUCUUUGUGUUCUUAGGAGAAGGAAGAAAAGAGAAACCAACGAACCCUCAAUCGCAGAGAGCCCCCAACAUGCCGGUGGGCAUUUAAAUGGACCGUCUAACCAACCAGCACUAGCUGCAGAAACUACUGGCCAUCUACCUAACAAUCGGGACACCGCCUCUCCUGAUGCGCUGAGCGUGACUCCUGUAUGGUUUAACGAUUCUUUCAAGAACUCUAGGCAGAGAUUAUCGGACACAGGACGUCUGCAUCCCCUUUCGCAGCACCGCACUUCACAAGUUCUCACGUCUAGCAGCGUUUUGGCUGCCCAGCCUGAGGCUGCUGAAGAACUUGACAGAGCGAGAGGUCCGGCAUUGGGGCCUUUGCCUGCCAGCCUGAGACUAUCGCUGCCCAGACUUCCACCAACACACAGCAUAUUAUCGGCAGCAGGCUUGCACAGCCAACAGAGGGAUUCGAUCACCACUGUCCAUGCAAGUCCGGUGCCACAGGUGGUCGGGUUGCCGGACAGGAGGAGCGGGGCUGGACAUGGUGCCGGUAUCCUUGUCCCUCUUGAUACUGGUCUUAAUGAGACGUCUCGGCGAGAUAGCUGGGCAUCUAACCCAUUGAGUGACCACAGAAGGACUACUCUGGUGUUGGAUUCAUUCCCUGCGCCCCCAGUGAACAGGACCACCACCGCCAGAACUGGAUCUCAGACUAAGAAGUCAGUUCCCGUUCUGCGAAUUGUCCCGGAAGAUGACAGUCAAUCUCUAUCCUUUGAGGAGCAACGCCAGAAAUGGCAUACGGAACGUGCACGGGCCAGAUUAGAAGGGUCUUCAAGGUUUUCAAAUGCAGGCUCGGCACGGACACUGGUCUCGCCGCGAAUUAAGUGGCCCAGAAAUGGCGCAACGCUUUCAGAGAGAGACGUGCCGACAUCCACACCGAUGGCUAGAGGAUCCAAAGAGAUGGACGUCCAAGCAUCUCCCGACCAUACAUGGCCAAGGUGGUCUGGUCUUGAUCCCGGGGCUCAGGAACCUGCACGAAUGGGUAGUCUGGUGACCCCUUGUCAGAGAGAUACAUCCGUAUUGAGGACGCACCACAGCAUUGCGAGCAGUGGGCAGUUUGACUCUGUCACCUCCUCCGACAGCUUCUUGGAGGACGAAAAUCCCUCCGCAGAAGAAGUAGCAGCAACAGCAGAAACCGAACAGUGGCCGGCUAAGAGCAGCUCCCAAUCUUCACCACCGUUACCGUUUAAUCCCGUCUCACAUUCACGAGGAAAUGUGAGGAACAGCGAGUUCAGGGCCGAUGCGAAGCAACCAGGGUGGUCGCUAGACGAGCGGCAACGCAUUGGUGUUGAAAAGGGUGGAUUGAAGAGACCCCCAGAUAGCCGAAGAGGGAGUUUUCGAUUUAUAUGAUUGUCGAAGUUGGUUUGUGCUGCAGGACAUAGUCCAGUCAG